AUGUGUCCUUGCAGUGGACACUAUACAACGAAGGGUUGCGUUUGGGAUCGUUUUUGAUGAUCCAGAAAUGAAUGCAACAGUGCAUGGAGUGCCUGUGCCUCCUGGAUGCAUGCGUGUGUCUGUUGACGGAAUCAUUGAGCCAAAUGCAAUGGUUCCUAUACCAGUUCCUGGUGAAAUAGAGAAAGUUUGUGAAGCGGUUGGAUCUCAACUUGCUUGGCCUGAGGAGUUGAUUAUCUUUGGAAGAGCCUCUCCGAAGAAAAAGAAAAAUGAAGAGGGAAAACCAAAGACACUUGAUAGUGAGCUGAAGAAACUACAACAAUCAUUUCAUAAAGUGAAGUUAAGAAAAAAAGUGCCGAGCAAAUAUAAAGUUCUGUACAAACAUGCGUCCACAUUUAUGAAAGCGACCGGGGCUUCUGUACAAAUUCCAUGUGACGCUGAUGUAUUUGGAGCUGUGAAAACAAUAUUUGUUUUGCAAGAGAAUUUGAUCUCGUUGUUGGAGUUUGACAUGAUCGGACAAUCUGUGGUUGCUGCGUAUAUGGCGUACUUGCAUCAUUUAUGUUAUAAGGACCGGAAGAAGGAUGACGCGCUCUUGUUUGGCUUUUUGGAUCUUGCAUCCACAUAUACCCUCAAUAAAGAAUUUCAAAAUGCUGUGGUCAAACGGUUGAUGGAUAAUUAUUAUCGACUAUAUCUCAUGCCACAUAAUCAAAUGGCCCAUUGGAUUUUGGUUGUAAUUUGGGAUGGCGAUCUCUAUAUUCUGAAUCCUUUGCCACACAACACCCGUUUUCCAGAUUUGGAACGAGGACUAAUAGAUGCAUUGGCAAGUUACCAUGCUCAAAGUGGAAGGGCAAAGAGAACUCCCAAAGUAGUCUAUCUUAUGGGAUCGCCUAAGCAACCAGGGGGAACUGAAUGUGGGUAUACGGUCCCUAGAUAUAUGAGAGACAUUGUUAUGGACAAAGAAAUGUCUUUCAUGACCAAGUGGGCAGUCAGGUCUCGAAACUGUUACACAGAGGAGGAGCUGGAUGAGGUCCGUAUGGAGGCUCUCGAAUUUAUUGAGGACAAGAUGUAGUUUGAAUUUCUUUUGUUGAAUGGUAAUUAAUUAAACUGGUAUAUAUAGGAGCUGUUAUGUGGAUGUUGCAUGUCAGCUCUAGCACUUUGUAGUUCGGGAAUUGCUUUAACGUUGUUGGUUGGGGAUCGAGUUGGUAUAUAUUUUGGAUGCGUACGUACUGCUGAAUUUUACUUGUUGGUUGGGAAGUUAGUAAUUGGCAAUGAAAGUGAAUUUCAGUACGUACAUUGGUUAUAUUUUUUG